CGCGCGCCCUACCGUUUUGGGCGUGCACCCAUCUUGAACAGAAACUAAAAUCCGUUUGUGACCGUCUUUUUCAGGAGUAUGACUUUCUGUGUGAGGGGCCGGAGGCCACCUCUACCCCCAUGGUGCGGCCCGAAACACCACCGCCCAGCCCGCCUCCACCACCACCUCCAAGCCCUGAGCCUGAGGUGCCCGCCGUGCAGCAGGCAGCUGCACCCCCCAAGGAGGCCGAGCCGGCCGUUGAGGCGUGUGUGAGGGUGCGCACGGCGCCCGUCGCACCCCCCACCCCCGCGGCCAGGCCGGCCAUGGGGGCUGCAGCGCCAGCGCCGGCGGCGGCGCUGUACGCCUUUUUGCCUCCCGCCGCCCCCGCCCCAGGCCACCUGGAGGAGGUCGUGGCGGCCCAGGUAUUGACCCCAUGCCCAUGCCCAUGCGCGGGCGAGGGCGCGGUGGCCAUGCGAGAGGCCGCGGUGGGCGCGAUCAACCCCGUGGGCGCGAUGGCCAACCAUGCCGUGGAGGGCGCGGUCAAGCCCGUGGGCGCGGUGGCCACCCUGGCCGAGGAGGAGCCCAUCUUGGGCGUGGCCACCCUGGCCGAGGAGGAGCCCAUCUUGGGCGUGGCCACUAG